AAACACCACCAAAAGCAAGAUCAGUGAUUUGGUGCUUCUUGUGAAAAAGAAAAGAAAAGGAUGUUUGCGAAGGGCGAGUGAUUAGUGGAGGUGGUGAGAGCGGGACCCAAAAGAGUGUUGUGGAUGCAAAAUAUCAUUUCUCGUGAGUUCCGAAUCAAAAUCCCGCAGAGGAAAGAGUACCCCGUGAUCUGCUACUUCUCACCACACACUUUCACAACUCAUCUGGUGUAUCUGUGAUGACUCAAUCGAUGUCGCACAAGCCUUUGGACUCGCGCCACUCCAUAGACUCCUGCAUGUUGCAGCUCCGCAGCUGGAAACCCUUCAAGCUCCAAGAUGGGCCCCACCCCAAACCCUACUACUACAAGCGCCCCUGCCUCUCCGAUCGCGCAACCACCUCGUUUUCCCUCGACAUCACCAAACUCACCCUAGCCGACGCCGAUGACAACACCGCCGCCGCAAACAACCCCAAAAAUCGCGCUACCAAUUACCGACUCGUCGCCCGCAAGAGGCGCCGCCGCGGCUCUAGAUCCGUCUCCGGCCGCAGCAGCGACCGGAGUGGCACGCGGCGCUGCUGCUCAGUCGGGGCAUCCGCCGCUUACGGCACCUGCUCUGACUUCCCGGUGGCCAUGGGCACCGACUCCAGCGGGGAGCUCUUCGGCAACGGCGACUCGAAUUGGUCUUCGGAUGUUAGCGAGGCCAAGAAUUCGAGGAGGGAGAGAGAGAGGGAUGGCGAGAGGGAGAACGUGGGUGUGGGGUUUGGGGUGAGUGGGUGUUCUGACGCGAAUGGGAAUGAAUCGGGGUAUGGAAGUGAACCGGGUUAUCGUGGGGAUGCGGAGUUUGGAUAUGGCGACGAGUUUGAUGAAGAAGAAGAUGAUCCCAGGUUGUUGUUUUGGGGCGAUCAGUUUGGAGAUUCUAAAAGAGAGAUGGUUGGGGAGAACACCUUGCUAGAUCAAAAAUCUCAUCAUAGAUGCCGUCGCAGGAAGCAUGACUGUAGAAUGGUUGAUGCAUUGAGGUGACUAUUGCAGAAAUAUGUGGACUAUUGACACGACAGAAUUUUCUCUUUCCUUCAAUAGUGGAUGAACUGGCUUCUUUUGUGCAUGAAUCCUUGACCAAGUGGUUUUGGUGUUUGUUCUCAGCGUGACCUAUUUGCUAAGUCAAUAUCGGAAAGGAUUUUGGCAAGUAUGAAAAUAUGAUGUAUUGAUGUGGUAUCAAUCAGCUUCUGUAGAUUUUGAUCGAAAUAUGAAGUGAUGUACUUUCGGUUAUGAUUUCGGUUAUGAUUUCUGAAGAGGAAAGUAUGUACAAGGAUUGAGCUAUAAUUAUUUGUUUGGGAUAGGAACGACUUUUUGAUCUGAAUCAUACAAAUUUCAUAGAACACAGUUGAAAAAAAAUCUCUUGAACCUGAGCUAACAUGUUGGCUUUCGUUUGAAAAAUGUAAAUGAACUAACCUGCUAUUGAUAUUUUUGA